AGAGAGACUGAACAGAAAGCUUGGACAGCAAGCUGAUUCCCUUUGUUAACUGGAGGGUGCUGUGCUCUGUGUCUUCUUAAACUUCUGUGUUGACACAGUGCUUCGACAAUAAGGACUAAUGGAGUUGGAAUCUAUAGAGCUCUGUCCUUAUGAUCCAAACCACAGGAUACCUGCCAGCAGGUUACAGUACCAUCUGGCAUCAUGCAAAAAGAAAAAUCCAAAGAUAGCGAAAAAGAUGGCUAACUGCAAAUACAAUGCCUGUCAUGUGGUCCCAAUCAAAAGGCUGAAGGAACACGAGGCCAACUGUAUCAACAGGACUGCAGUCGAUGAUGAGCCACUUAAUCUUCAAAAGAUUACUCAGCCAAGCUUUGAAGAAAAUGAAAACCUCUGCAGCGCUGGGAGUCAGUUUACUGACCCUGAUGUCUGGAACGUGGAUCACAUGAAUCAUUUUCCUUCAUUUGUUCUUGAGACUUUUGCUCCAAAAACGCUGGUUUGUGAAAGUGACUCAAGAGACCUACAAGAGGCUAUGUCUGAUAAGCAUCCUAACAGCUCCAAGUCUUGGGGAAGAGGUCAGAAAAACUGAUGGAGACAUUGCCAAUUAAAGUGCGGGCAGACGAACAGAAGUCAUUUUAAACCUUAGGGAAAUCUUAACUUUUUAAAUAACUUUUAACAUUGUCAUCUUAACAUGUUUUUAUUUAAAUAAAGAAUAUUUUCCUUGG